UACUACAACAGCAAGUGUGUAAAAGGUUAAAGUUAAAAGUCUACGUUUCACUGUUUUGAGCUCUUGACACCCCGGCAUCCAUUUAUUUUUUUAACGACCAGACUGUCCCUCCAAAAGGGACAGAAAAUAAGCCAACUGCGGAUAAACAAUGCAAUGUUUUGUCCCGUGUGACACAAACCGGAAGUGAACGCAGAGAGGCGCCUUUUCUGAGCUUUCUGGGCAUGCUCUUGAGUAGGCCAGCACUGUUUUUAAGUAAAAAAAAAAGUUAACUUACGCGCUUAACACAACUAUACGACAUGGCUACUAAAAAGAAGCGAACGUCAAACGUAGAUAAUGACAGCUGGGUUGUCAUCGCUCCAGACUCUGCCAUCGACACACACAAGCACGACGGUGAUCCAGUUUUUGUGAGACUAAGGAAUCCAUCAACAGAUGCAGCAUCUCUGUACAUGUUGGGUUGUGGGGAUGUGAUGCUGUAUGAGGUCAAAGCAUUUGAGGAUGAUUUCCACUCUUGGUUUGUUGGCCAGGCUGUGCAGAGAGAUGGGAGACUGAUCUUUGUAACACCUUUGGAUCCUCUCUUUCUAAUUUUGCCAUAUUUGAUCAAAUCUGGCAAAGAGGGAAAGUUCCAGCGUGUGGAUCAAGUUGUUAAAGAUGAAGAAUUCCCAGCUUGCUCGAGGCUGCUUAGCUGCGCUCGUACCCUGGCCUCCUUGCACCACAUCGCUGAGGAAAAAGAGGUGGAAAGCCAGAUGUAUCAUCGAUACAGUCAAGAGAAAACCAUGAACUGGUUAAAGAAAAAGGUGGAGAGGACAGUUAUUGCCUUAAAGAAAAAAAAUGUCUCUGUGGGAGAAGGAGUGAAGUCCUCAACAUAUGUCAGAGUAAAGUCAGAGACAGACAACCAAGAGGAGGACUUCAUACGGUAUUCCCACGGCCUGAUAUCAGAGUAUAUCACUGAAGACCUGAGCAAAGCCCUCCUCACACACUUGGGGUUACCAGAGCUCACAAGCCCAAAGGAGACCGAGCCUCCUUCUAAGAAGCGGAAACUUUCAGACAAGCCGGUGGAGGCUGGAGAAGACUACACCAAAUUCAACAGUGCAGAUUUUGCGCGCAAACCGCCCAAGAAGAUGACGGCAGCUCAGAAAAGUCUAGCUAAGGUGGACAAGACAGGCAUGAAGCCCAUGUCGUCCUUUUUCAGCCCCAAGGUCAAAGCAGAAAAGAAAUGAAUGCUGUUUGUGUUUGAUUUGUGACAUUUCUAA